AUGACUUCAGAAAUUAAGAACGGCGCUUCCACUGCGACGGCCGAAAUCCAGACUAUAAUACGGGAUGGACAAGAAUUCACCGAGGUCAAAGAAGGGUUGGCUCGAAUUCUAGUUCCUUUCUCAACGAAAAAUACUACGAAAAAUAAGUUGAGCGACGUCGAAGAACAACAAAAAGUCUUUUAUAAUCCUAUCCAACAAUUCAAUCGCGACUUGACGGUUCUCGCUAUUAAAGCAUACGGACAAGAGGCCCUAGAGAAGAGACGGUCUAACAACGCUGACAGGGCAGCAAAGAGGAAGCGCGACAAGUCAGACUCUGGCGCAGGCAGACAAAAGAAACAAGAGAGGAUAGUAGAAAAUGACGAAGAACAAGAGACAAAAUCUAGCGAACUGAAACGAGAUAAUCAAACUACAACUCCCAGAUUCACCAUCUUGGACGCUCUAUCAGCCACAGGACUUCGUGCCCUACGAUAUGCACAAGAAUUACCAUUUGUCACGUCGGUUACCGCAAACGACCUUAGCCCAACAGCCGUUGAGUCCAUCAAGAGGAACGCUGUGCAUAAUGGGGUUGAGUCUAAGGUGAACGCCACCUCGGGCGACGCCCGUGCGCAUAUGUACUCCCUACUUACACAGGAAGUUGCAGAAGACAACGUUAAAGGGAAACAUCAAAACAAAAAAGGUGGUCCAAAGCCCAGCAAGAAAUACGACGUGAUAGACCUUGACCCAUAUGGAACCGCCGCUACUUUCUUUGAUGCAGCGCUCAACGCUGUGAGAGACGAUGGUGGUCUAUUAUGUGUCACAUGUACAGACUCGGGCGUCUGGGCAUCACAUGGAUAUCCAGAGAAGGCUUUCGCUCUUUAUGGUGGUACUCCUGUGAAAGGCUUUUAUUCCCACGAAGCAGGGCUGCGCCUAAUACUCAAUGGCCUUGCCUCAACAGCAGCGAGGUACGGAUUGGCAAUAGAGCCCCUCCUUAGUCUGUCCAUAGACUACUACACGCGAAUCUUUGUGAAGGUUAGGAAAUCGCCAGCGCAAGUCAAGUUUCUUGCAGGAAAGACCAUGAUUGUGUACAAUUGCGAUCAAGGAUGCGGAGCUUGGGAAACACAAUUCCUAGUUCGCAACAAAAAGACGCCCAAUAAAUCCGGAAAGGGCGUUUUCUACAAGCACGGGCUAGCUAUGGCGCCAACAGCAGAUAAGCAGUGUAAAGAGUGCGGAUCGAAGAUGCAUUUAGCUGGGCCGAUGUAUGGAGGGCCAUUGCACUCGCCCGAUUUUAUUAACAAGAUAUUGGAUGAUCUACCCAAUGUCUCUGAUGACGUAUACGGCACGAAAACGCGAAUAGAGGGAAUGCUACAUACUGCACUUGAAGAGUUUCUUCCGCCUCUGGAAGACAAUCUACAAAGCUCCAGAGAAGACGAGUUUGCUGCAGUCGAGCAUUAUCCGUUCUUUUUUCAUCCGUCCGGUCUUUCGGGUGCGAUACACUGCAUUUGUCCCGACGAAGACAGCUUUAGGGGCGCCCUACGCCAUCUAGGCUAUCAAGUCACCCGUAGCCAUUGUAAGCCCGGUAGUCUCAAGACGAAUGCGCCCUGGUCCGUCAUUUGGCGCAUUAUGCGAGAAUGGGUUCGUCAAAAAGCACCUGUAAAUGUCGAAAAGAUUAAAGAAACUACGCCGGCGUACACACUAUUAAGGCUAGGCGAGAAAAAUGAACCCACAGAAGGUGCAGAAGACGGAGACCACGAUGUAAUUGAGAAAUUAGAGGUUGUGUUCGAUCAGAAACUGGGGCGAGACAGCUCAAAGAGGGCACACCAUGUGUGCCCUGCGUCCCUGGUGGGUGGCUCUCGCAUUAGUUCAGCGACCCGGAGGACUUCAUACGAUGUAUUCAGUUUGAAAGAAGAAACCGGAGAGCAAGGGCCAUCGUUUAAGUUAUUGAAGUCCCGACUUGCAGAUGUACCAUCGUAUUUGUUGGAUGAUCCCUUAAGUGGGGAGAUCCCAGAAUACCUGCGGAGCGGACCGUCGCGACAUGUUCACAUUGUCAUAUCGACGGGUUCCGGCACUGGUCUCGCCUUAAAUUUUUACAAUUCCGCUCUUAAGCCUUUACUAGAAAGCCUAGGUGUUCUCCCUUUAGAACCAUCCGCCGACUUAGCGGAUCGCUCGAAACCGAAAAGUUACAAUCUUGUCAUUACCCAAAAUGCCGAUACUGUGCGCGACUUCGCUCGAGAUAUCAGCAGCACAAGUCGGGGUGCCUUGCAGCAUACUAUUGUCUUACUAAGCGGCGAUGGCGGUGUAAUUGAGAUGCUCAAUGGUAGAGCACCGCUAGAGGAGGCAGAGGGAACAGAGGGAACAGAGGUAGAAGCCCACCUACCCCUAAUUGCGACACUGCCCUUAGGUACUGGGAAUGCACUUUUCUACUCACUGCAUAAAUCUGUGGGUGCGAUAUCCGAGACAACGGCUCCCUCUGGCCUUGUCCAAGGCUUGCGAACUUUGUUCGGGGGAAAGGCUGCACCGCUACCUUCUUUUAAAGCCGAAUUUUCCCCAGGCUCUCAUCUUAUCGCUCCCGGAAGUGCUGAGGAUGGGAUCGACCCUGAUUCCAAUAAUGUAUCCCAUCUUUACGGGGCUAUCGUUGCUAGCUAUGGUUUUCAUAGCCAAUUGGUGUGGGAGAGUGACACUCCGGAGUACCGAAAACACGGCGCUAAGCGGUUCGGUAUGGUUGCACAGCAGCUUCUGAAGGAGAGCCACGCGUACAAUGCUAUCGUUGAAUUGGCCGCAGAAGAUGCUUCUCGGUUACAAAAGCUUGACCGAGACCGACAUGCAUAUAUCCUUGCCACAAUGGUUUCCAAUCUGGAGAAGACGUUCACAAUUUCACCGGCCAGCAAGCCACUGGAUGGUAAAUUGAGACUUGUUCACUUUGGCGUUGUUAGUGGUGAGAGGACUACAGAAAUCAUGAUGAAGGCGUAUGAUGGAGGAAAGCAUGUCGAUUUGAGGUGGACUGAUGAUGAUGGGAAGGAAGAAAAGGUUGGGUACGAUGAAACUGAAUUAGUUAAGAUUACGACUCUAGAAGAAGAUACUAGAUGGAGGAAAGUCUGUAUCGAUGGAACUAUAGUAGAAUUACCCCAAGGUGGUUAUAUAACGGUGAAGAGGGAGAAGAAGCCUCACUUGCAAAUUCUAUUAGAUCGAUUAGUGGUUGGAUAG